GAUGCCACUGUAACGAGAUUAUCAGUGUUAUUUCCUGCACCUGUCACUGGUAUUAAUGUUACGACUGGUCGGUGUAUAUAGAUAAUAUGUAUAAUAUUAUUGUGUGACCUAUAUCAGUAAAUGUUUACGUUUUUUUUCUUUUUUCUUUUUUUACGUUUGUUUUUGGGGAAAAAACGUCAUCAGUGAGCGCCGGAACAGACGGAAGAGAACGGCCCUGAGUGUAGUGAUCUGGCUGUGGUGGCUGCACACGGUUGUUGCUAGUUGUGUAUUUCGGUAGCCGAUUUCUGGUUUGAAUGUUGUCGAUGCAGGUGUAGUCGUUCUACGAGCAGAUAUUUUUUUUGUUUGGAAAACAAAAUAACAUUAUAACUUGUCACUUUCGAAACUCUUUUUAACGUGUACGAGCUCCUUGUUUUUGGUUCGACGCCAUGGAUUCCGCCAGUCAAGAUAUCAAUCUGAACUCUCCAAAUAAAGGCCUUGGCUCAGGCUCUCUAUCAGAUAUGCCAGCGGAGAUUGGUGCAUCUGCUGAGAGUCCAGUAACACUUCCUCCAGGACUCACAGAGGAGGAGGCAGCAGAACUAAAGAUUGAACUCACCAAGGUGGAGGAGGAGAUUCAGACUCUUCGGCAAGUACUAAUGGCCAAAGAGCGCCACGCGUCCGAACUGAAGCGCAAGCUUGGCCUCAGCCCUUUAAAUGAACUCAAACAAAACAUCAGCAAAGGCUGGCAGGACGUGCAGACCUCAAACGCAUAUCUUUCAGCCUCUGCCACUCUGGAUGACAUUGCCAACACUGAAGUGUACAAGAAGACUCAGGAAACACUGUCUCAGGCAGGACAGAAGACCUCAGCAGCCUUCUCCACUGUGGGCUCUGCUAUCAGUAGAAAACUAGGGGACAUGAGAGCGCUGCCUUUCUCUAGCUCCUUUGGUAGCAACUACUCCAUUCGCCACUCGAUAAGCAUGCCGGCUAUGAGGAACUCCCCAACUUUCAAAUCAUUCGAGGACAAAGUUGGAAAUCUUAAGACGAAGGUGGUUGGAGGGAGACCCAACGGCGACGGCCUCCAGUCUCCGACCGAGUCCAACCCUGCGCAGGAGAACGCACCAUUCUGAGCCUCUACACUCCCGAACGAACCCUAAUCUCAUCUGUUUGUGAAGCCUGACCCUCUACAACCGCCAUCACUUCUCUCACUCGCUCUCUCUCUCCCUCCCACCUCCAACUCCUCUUUCCACCUAAAGCUUGCAUGUGCUCGUCUCACCUCUCCACUCACACCACCGCUUACGUGACAUGGACUCAUCCCAAAAAAGGAUUGUACAAAUAAAAAAGGAAAAAAAAAGAAGAAGAAAAAAGUUACGAUCAUUUUGUAUUCUAAAGUAUUUUACACUGCUUUGCAUAAUGUUUUUACAUAACCUAUAUAUCUAUAUAUGAAUAUAAAGAAUACAAAUAAUUAUAUUUAAACUGUACUGCCAAGCAGCAUUCAUCAGAAAAGGAGGGAAAGGAGAAGAAACCUGGAGAGGGAACUCGCACAACAGGGAACGUGCUGCAGUUUUCUACGCUGCUCUUCAUUAAUUCGAGGACUUUUUUUACUCCAAGUGCAACAUGAAGCGCCACUUUACAGUACACAUGGUGAAUGUCUAACGCUUUGUCCGCCUUACACUAUCGCUCCAUUUCUGUUCGUCGAUUUUUUUGCUGGUCGAAGCAAGUCACGUUACGGUUCUUUUUUCUUUCUUUAUUCUGUCCUCUUUUGCCUUUUCUGCUCGUUGUUUCUCGUUGUUAAUUUGGAGUAUCAGUGGGCUUUUUCCGUUUUCGCCUUUGUCCGUUAAUAUGUCCUUACUUUUGCUUUUAUUCCGGUGCUUUGUGCCAGCAAACCGAGGCCAUUUAAAGACCUUCUGCUGUUGAAAUGAAGAGCUAUUUUGCCAACCUGCACUCACACUUACACUAAUGUUAAACUUUAUUACCCUGUUAUAAAAGUCAUUUAUAAAUAUAGCUCUUGCUUUAGCCUGCACUACCCCAAUGUUUAACAUACUGACUGAGACACCUUUUUUUUUUUUUUUUUUUUUUUUUUUUGUGAUUUGCAUUAAGGUUUAUAUUAGACUAUAUACUUGUGUAGUUUGUUCGGUAGCACAGUCACUUUGCAUUUCAAAAUCAUUUAUUGACCAUUUAUUUUUUUGUUUAAUUGUUAAUUCUUUUAACCCUUUUUUCUAUAUGUGAAUGGGUUGAGUUAUUGCAGUAGUUUGCUACAAAUUAUUAUCCUAGACUGAGCUAGAAUUGGAGGGAUUUAUUAUAUGUUUGUCAGAAAUAUGUACAGCUAUGCUGCCAGUUAAAUACAGCAGGGGUAUUGGGAUUCAUCUGCCAUUUACAGGGUAGGUAACUGUACCUUUUAUGUUUUCAAAGGUGUAACAAUUUGAGCAUUUUUUUUCUUUUUUGAGAGAGAGAAAUGAUAUAUACCUGAAGCUGCAUGUGUGUAAAUGGGACUGGCUGUUGUAGAGCGCAUGAGCACAAUAUAGCUUUAAAUCUGAGAUUGUAGCUCAAUUGCAAAACAGGUGGAUUUGGUUUUCUUUUUAAGGAAUUUGGUGGAAUAUUCAUUUAUGUUCUUGUCAGUGUUUGUUCUGUUUCUCAAUAAAGCAUUCCUUCAAAUA